AUGCCCACAUUGUUGAUUUACGGGGCGUCGGGUUAUACUGGCCGCCUGGCUAGUCACCAUGCUAAGAGUCUUGGCAUUGACUUCAUUGUUGCCGGACGUGCAGAGAGCACCGAAAUGAUGCAUUUUGCGUCUGAGCUAGACGUUAGAUAUCGCGUCUUUGAUCUCAGUGAUCCUGAAUCCAUCAAGAUAGGUUUACGGGGAAUUUCUGUUUUGCUCAACUGCGCCGGACCCUUCAUGCGCACUGCUGCGCCUCUAAUUGCGGCAUGCAUCCAGAAUGUUGUUCACUACCUUGAUAUUUCUGCCGAGCUCGACAGUUACAAGGUUGCUCAGAAGAAUGGCCACGAGGCGAAGGAAGCCAACGUCAUGCUGAUGCCAGGCUGUGGCGGCAGCGUAGUUAUGUUAGGGUGUUUGGCCGGCAAGGUUGUCGAGCGAGUCAAAAAUCCAUCGAGGAUUGACCUAUCCCUCUACGUUGCCGGUUCUAUGUCGCGCGGAUCGGCCAUCAGUGCAUCGGAGAAUAUGGCGGCCGAGUGCUUUCAGCGUCUUAACGGACAGCUUGUCAAGCACGACACCACAAGCAUCAUCGAGCUUGACUUUGACAACGGCCAGGGUACCGUGGCCAAUCAUCCGGUUACGCUACCUGACCUCAUCACAGUCUGGAAGUCAACCAAGGUGCGUAACAUACGAACCUUUGUUCAUGCCGCUGAUGGACCUACAGAGGAGCAAAGGGAGGCUACACCGUAUCAUGCCGCCGUAAGCGUCACUGCAGAAAGCGGGACUGUAAGCCACGCUGUUCUCCAUACGGUUAACGGAUAUACAUUCACAGGGUUAGCAUCCGCUGAGAUUGCAGGCAAGGUCUUAGCGGGAAUUGUUCAGCCAGGUUUUCAAACGCCGACUUUAGUCUUUGGUAAUGACUUCGUGCAAACAAUCGGGAAAUCGCGAAUUAAGUUUACAUAA